AUGUCGGCUUCGCUUCCUGGCAAUCGGGAGUUGCCCGAGUCGCAGUACGAUCUCAGCACCUACUGGGGUCGCGUCAAGCAGACGGCUGGUAUCACGGAUCCGAGAACCCUCCUCGCCGGCAAGAAUGGACUCGAGAACGCAAAGGACCUGCUCGUCAAGUACAAGAAUGGCGAGAUCAAGAGCAUGACGCCUGAGCUCUGGCAGGCCAAGAAGAUUGUGGACUCUACACUGCAUCCUGAUACUGGCAAGCCUGUCCUCUUGCCUUUCCGCAUGUCCUGCUUCGUGUUGUCCAACUUGGUCGUCACGGCUGGUAUGCUCACGCCCGGUCUCGGAACAGCCGGAACGAUCGCAUGGCAGGUAGCCAACCAGUCUCUCAACGUUGCCAUCAACAAUGCCAACGCAAACAAGUCCACGCCUCUGUCAUGGGGCAAGAUUGCACAGUCUUACUGCCUGGCGGUGGGCGCAUCGUGCUCUGUGGCUGUUGGUCUCAACUCACUUGUUCCCCGACUCAAGCGCGUCUCUCCUGCUACGCGCACGAUCCUCGGUCGCCUUGUUCCUUUCGCCGCCGUUGCAACCGCUGGUGCCCUCAACGUGUUCCUGAUGCGCGGUGAGGAGAUGCGCACUGGUAUCGACGUGUUCCCUGUGCUCUCCGAGUCCGACAAGGCCAAGUUGGCUGCCGAGGGCAAGGCCGAGAACGACGUUCCCUCGCUCGGCAAGAGUAAGAAGGCUGCAACCAUUGCCGUCUCCGAGACCGCCGUUAGCCGAGUGCUCAACAGCAGUCCCAUCAUGGUGGUCCCUCCCUUGAUUCUCGUCCAGCUGCAGAAGACAGAAUGGCUGAAGAAGAACCCCAAGCUCACCACGCCGGUGAACCUGGGUCUGAUCCUGGGUAUGAGCUACAUUGCGCUCCCGCUCGCAUUGGCGGCAUUCCCGACCCGUCAGCGCAUCGGCGCCGAUAAGCUGGAGGAGGAAUUCCACGGCCGCGGCGGUGCGGAUGGUAUGGUGGUAUUCAACCGCGGAAUUUGA